ACCUGCUCCUGGCAUGUCCCCAGUAAUACCCCGCUCCCAUGUUGCUCUCCGCAAUGCUCGUCGGGAGCAUCCACCUACAGUACGCUGUCUUCUCUGGGGGGCACACGAGCAGCGCGCGUCUUCGGCGCUGGCAGCAAGGCGACGGCCUGCAAACCUCGCCACUCGCCUGGCCCUUCUUGGGCGCUUCCUCCACCUAGCGCCGCCGUUGGCCAUGCGGUCGGUAGAUUUUGACAUCGGUUUAUUAUGUCCGCCACGGUGCUACAAGUAGCUCUCCCAUACUCGCCCGGCCCCUGCAUCCAUCCACGGCGAUCGCUACCCAGUCCAGACAGUGGCUUCGCUUUUAUCCCUUCCGACCAACCCAGGGCAGAGCGCUAACAAUGUUCCGUCACCCGAGAUGUAGGUCCGGGACAACGAUAAAAGCCAAGGUUGAGUCCCAGGUUUUUCCAGCAGAGCCCAGAGCAGUCGUCCUUCACUAUCAAUUUCUCAAUCACUCUCGACAUGAGGCUCCAGAAACCGCUAAGUGCCAUGCUGCUUGGCACAUGCCCCGUUCUUGCAUAUCCACAAUGCCCGUCCAAUGGCACAGCGCCUGCCGACUUCAGCGCAAACUGCGCCGACCUCGCCUCCAAACUCGUUAUUGAUGGGGGUGUUGUUCAUGCUGUAGAGCUCAUCACGGCCGACACAAACUUCAGUGCCCCCAUUUACAACCAGACGUGCGCCGAUGGGUCUCAAUUCCAAGUCAUGUCCGUCGACAUGUGCCGCGUUGCCGUCUACGUCUCAACCUCUGAGCGAUCAGGCUUCAACAUGGAGGCAUGGCUACCAUCCAACUAUACUGGCCGGUUCCUUGCCACUGGCAACGGCGGUCUGAAUGGAUGUAUGGAUUUCUCCAAAUUGGGAUACGCGUCCAACUUGGGCUUUGCUGCUAUAGCCACCAACAAUGGGCACAAUGGAACAAAUGGUGACCCCUUUUAUAAAAACCCGGACGUCGUCGAAGACUUUGCAUACCGAGCUCUGCGUAACGGUGCCAAGGUCGGAAAGCAAAUUACCCAAACCUUUUACGGCAAGCCACAGGACAAGUCUUACUACCUUGGAUGUUCAACAGGUGGUCGCCAAGGCUUCAAAAUGGCCCAGGAUUUCCCGGGUGAAUGGGACGGCAUCCUUGCCGGAGCCCCUGCAAUUGCUUUCGACAAUCUUACGUCGUGGUCUGGUUCUUUCUAUACCAUUACUGGCCCGCCCGACGCUCCAACCUUUGUCACCUCAGCACAAUGGGCUCAAGUCGAAGCUGACGUCAUGAAGCAAUGCGACACAAUUGACCAUUACAAAGACGGUAUCAUCGAGAACCCCUUGCUUUGCAAGUACGAUCCCUCGGGCCUUGCGUGCAGUCCAGGCAGCAACUCUACUACCUGUUUGACACCCGACCAAUUUGCUACCGUCAAAACCACCUUCUUGCCGCUCCGAAACGACCAAGGCGACCUGGUUUAUCCGGCCCUACAGCCAGGUGCUCAGGCGGUUGCCGCCUUUAUCAUUUUCACAGGAAGACCCUUUCCCUACACCACUGACUGGUUCCGCUAUGCCCUCUACAAUGACCCAACCUGGGACCCUGCAACCCUAGGCUCCAAAGACUACGACAGGGCCGCACAGCUCAACCCCUUUAACAUCCAGACAUUCAAUGGCGAUCUGAGUGGUGUGAAGAACAACGGUACCAAAAUCCUGCACUGGCACGGCGGCGCCGAUCCUGUCAUCUCGAGUGAAAACAGCGCUCGGUACUAUGAACAUGUGCGUAAAACCAUGCAACUAGCACCCGAAGAACUGGACGAGUUCUACCGCUACUUCAUCGUCAGCGGAACCAGCCACUGCGCAGGAGGAGUUGGUGCGCAUGCCAUUGGACAGGACGAGGGCGAAAUCAAUGGCUAUGACCCCAAGCACAACGUCCUCAUGGCUUUGGUGGAUUGGGUAGAGAAUGGUAACGCGCCUGAGACUAUUAUCGGUACUAAAUUUGUCAACGACACACAAGCUCUUGGUGUUGAGUUUGAACGCGCGCACUGCAAGUUUCCCAAGAGCAACCAAUACAAAGGCGAGGGCGACCCUACUCUUCCAGAGAGCUGGGAGUGCGUCGAGAAGGAGAUGGUGGUGCCGCAGUAA